AGAAGGCGCCACAAUAGAUGCCACUUUCACAUUAGUUGACUUGUAUGUUUGAAUGUGAUAUCAACACUUUUAAAUCAACUUAAAUUAAGGUGUGGUUACUGAUCAACUUCACAACAUUAAACCGUAAAAUUAGUUAAAUCAAAAUAAAAUGCAUAUGAUUAGAGCGAUUUUGCGCAGUGUGGUGUAAGAAAAUUAGGGCUCAUAGCCUCGGGAAAUUGCUGAGUACAAGUCAAAAAUGUUUUCAUAAUGCUAUUUAUCUAUAAUUGUAAAAAUAUUAAAAAUAUUUAUGUACUAUUUUCUAUUUGAUUUCAGAUCUGGUUUAAAUGAACGCUGCAAAGUCAAGAUGGAUCUUUCUUUGACUUUCCAUGGAAAUGAGAAGUCAGGCCCAUCCCUUUUACAGGAAUCCUCUGUUUGCGAUGACAGUGCAACACCAAACAGCGGCUCAAAACACCAAAUGAGAUCUUCAUUACCUGCCCAACUUACGGAACUUGGAAAUUGCUUGGACCCCGAAGGGCGCUACAAAUGCCAGUUCUGCCUGAAACGGUUCAGUCAGGAUAAAUUGAGGACUUUUAUGCAUCAUAUGAGAAACUACCGAUGCAAGCAAUGCAAAAAGCAAUUUAACUGCUGGUCAAAACUAAUGUUACAUAGGAAUUCAACCAACUGCGACUCUAAGAAAUUUGUUCAAGAACACGACAACGAUGCUGGAUGCUCGGAAAUAGUCGAGGGGAAGAGCUUCACUGACAUUUUGAGUGCCCAAAAGUAUGAGUGCAAGCAGUGUAACAAUUUGUUCAAUAGCGCCAGGGGUUUGAACUUACAUGUCGCUUUAACUCAUAAGGCUAUCGUCAAGCGGAGUCGAGAAAAAAAGUGCACGAAAUGCAAAAUUGUUUUCAACUCAGAACAUCAAGUAAAGAAACAUAAGUGUAAGAGUAAGAAGCAAUGGGAAAAAUGCAAGUUUUGUUCAAUGAUGUUUUUUUCGAGUGAAAAUCACCUUAAAAUGGCUCGGUACCGAAAAUGCCCUUCAUGCUAUCAGUUAUUCGUUUGUCGCGGUGUGUGCCAAGCUCAUAUGAAGAGUUGCAGCCCAGAAAAACAAAAUAAGGCAACGGAAGAGCCAUCACCGGCCGAAUUUCAAGAGCCAUCACCGGCCGAAUUUCAAGAGCCAGCAUUGUCCACUCAAUGGAAAUGCGUCCACUGCGAGACACUCUGCCCGUCCGAAGAGAUGCUGCGCAACCACUCGCGUCCCACCAAUUGUCCAAGGUGCGGCUUCGUGCAGGCGUGCAGCAAGAUGCUGGCGAAUCACCUCGACUGCUGUCGCUUCGAGCGUGGCGCAGCUCCGGCGGCGAUGCUCAUAUGCCCCCUGUGCUACAGUGGCUUCGAGGACGCCACCCGCUUGGGGAUGCACGUCCUCGGCUGCUCUCCCACCCAAUCGCCGAGUUUGAAGUUUCCCUGCACCUUCUGCACCAAGGUUUGCCACACGGAAAGCAAACUGCAGUCGCACGAGCAUCGCCGCCACGCGAACCAAAUCGCUCAGGCCCAGCUUAUCAACGACUUGACCCAGGAGAACCAGAAGAUGAAAGCUCUCACAGCCGAUUUCGUUAAGAAUAGGGUUGUCAAAAAGGAGCCGGUUGAGUAUAUCACGCUUGAUGACUCAGACGAUGAGGAUAGUUUUGCAGCCAGGAUCAAAAGAGAAAGCGAUAGCUUAUAA